CCCCGUUCGCGGCCUCGUUUCGCGCACUCCUCGCCCGCGCGCCCCCCAAGAAGGUCUACUGCCUGAUUGCUUCUACCGAAGGCUGCUAUCCUCAAGGAUCUCAACGCCGUCUUCUUCAUCUCGAUUCUUCACUGUACCUCACAGCCUGUCCUCCUGUCAUGGCUACGCGGGAAGUUGUGGAUCAUGCCAGAAAUUUUGCCGUCAUGGUCAGAGUCCAAGGCCCUGACCCGAAGGGCCUGAAGAUGCAAAAACAUGCAUUCCAUCAGUAUCAUUCUGGGAGAACAACUCUUUCAGCAUCUGGAAUGAUAUUACCUGAAACCCUGUAUGACACCAGGGUCGCUAAGCAUCUUGGUAAUUAUAAGGAUCAAUUUGCAACGUUGGUUCUGACUGUUUCCUCCAUUUUUGAGCCUUUUAUGCCACUUCAGCACAGAAAUACUAUUCACAAGGGAAAGCCUGAGCUAAUUCCUGGUGUUCAGAUUGAUAUUAUGGUUGAGGGUAACUCAUUGAUGGAGAGAGAUUCUGAUGUUAGUAAAACUCCACAUUGGCAUGCUGCCCACUUGUUGGCUUUGUAUGAUAUACCUACAGCUGCUCUUAAACCAGUCAUGGAUGCUUCUUUGGAUUCAUUACAUCAGAGAUGGGAGGUCGGCUGGUCUUUGGCCUCAUAUAAAAAUGGUUCUCCAUCCUUCAGGGAUUCUCUUCGGGGACAGAUUGAAAAUGACGAGAAUACCUUUGCUGGGAGCCAGAGAUAUUUGGAUACGGAAGGAUCUAACAAAAAUAAUGACUUGACAAUAAGAAUUGCUAUUCUUGGUGUUCCCUCAUUCUCAAAGGACUUGCCAAACAUCCGUUUAUCUCCCUCAAGGCAGCGAGGAUCCUUUCUUCUUGCUGUUGGUUCCCCUUUUGGUGUUCUAUCACCGAUGCAUUUCCUUAACAGCAUAUCGGUUGGAUCAAUUUCCAAUUGCUACCCUCCUAACUCGAGCAAGUCAUUGCUGAUUGCUGACAUGCGGUGCCUUCCUGGAAUGGAAGGCUGUCCGGUUUUUGAUGAACAUGCAUGUCUGGUCGGUGUUCUGAUUAGACCACUUGUGCAUUAUAUGACUGGUGCUGAGAUUCAGCUGUUGAUUCCAUGGGGAGCCAUUGCCACGGCUUGCAGUGGUCUACUUCUAGGGGCUUAUAAUGCUGGAGAAAGGAUUGACAACGACAAUGGGUGUAUUAAUGCUGUGGGGAAUGAGGCAAUGAAUAAGGAACACAAAUUUGAGGGAGCCUUUUGCAGUAUCCAAGAAAACUCUAGUUGUUCUCGUCCUUUCCCAUCUAAAAUUGAGAAGGCAAUGGCUUCUGUUUGUCUUGUUACAAUUGGUGAAGGAAUAUGGGCAUCUGGCGUUUUGCUCAAUAGCCAAGGCCUAGUACUCACCAAUGCCCACUUGAUAGAGCCAUGGAGAUUUGGGAAAGCAAAUGUUAGUGGAGAAAGAUCGAUUGAAAAUGCCAAGCUGCUGCAGUCCUACACUGAGCGUUCUCCGUGUUCAAUGCACAAUGGUGUUUUUGGCGGCAAAAAGAGUGGAAAUUUAACACAAAAUGCCUCUAAGAAUGCAAAUAUUCUUCUCCAGAACCAAAUUGAGGGUAGUAAGUUGAAUUUUGCUAACUAUGGUCGUAGAAACUUGCGUGUUCGCUUGAAUCAUGCUGAGCCUUGGACAUGGUGUGAUGCUAAAGUGCUGUACAUCUGCAAGGGACCUUGGGAUGUUGCAUUGUUGCAGCUUGAGCAAAUUCCAGAGCAGCUCUCAUCUAUUAUUAUGGAUUUUUCAUGGCCGUCCGCAGGAUCAAAGAUACAUGUUAUUGGACAUGGACUUUUGGGACCGAAAUCGGGCUUCUCCCCAUCUGUUUGCUCUGGUGUGGUAGCCAAUGUGGUGAAAGCAAAGAUUCCCCCAUCUUAUCAUCAAGGAGAUUCAUUAGAAUAUUUUCCGGCGAUGCUUGAAACAACAGCUGCAGUGCAUCCUGGUUGUAGUGGGGGUGCUGUUGUCAAUUCAGAAGGGCAUAUGAUUGGACUUGUUACAAGCAAUGCGAGGCAUGGGCGAGGAGCUAUUAUUCCACACUUGAACUUCAGCAUACCUUGUGCAGCUUUGGAACCCAUUCAUAGGUUCCUUAGAGACACGAAGGACCUCUCAGUCGUAAAAGCUCUGGAUGAACCAGAUGAACAGCUUUCUUCUAUAUGGGCAUUGAUGUCACAGCGAUCUCCCAAGCCCUCUCCUCUGCCUGAUCUGCCUCAAUUGCCAGGUGGAGACCAUGAAACAAAGGGGAAAGGUUCUCGAUUUGCAAAGUUCAUUGCCGAACGACGAGAAGUAUUCCGAAAGUUAACUCUUCAUAGCGAGGAGGAAAAACUUCCAUCUAAUGUGAUCCGUAGCAAGCUAUGACCAUUCAAACUUUGGGCAUUCUACAGGUUGAAACGUCUGAUCAGAUGAAAGAAAACUGAUGGGAACUGCAUCACAAUGAUUAAAAACAGCGUUGCUUUUGGGUUUGAGUGUGUUCUUCUAUAUCUUUAUAUGAUUGGCUCCAUGGCUUCAGAGAUGAAGACAUUUAGCUACGAUUCUAAAUGUUCUGAAUCGAUUUUUUUAUUUCACCAACAGGUAUUUGAAAUGAACCGCCCUUUACGAUUAAUAUUUUUCCUUUA